AUGGUCUCCACCUGUAUCGCAUUACUCCUAUCAUCGUUGCUUUUCUACAUCAAAGGAGGGAUACCUUCCAUCCCGGACUCGACUGGCUUGCAAUUCCCUUUCUCCUCGACCAACGCUCAUCGAUCGGCGAUAAUGCGCGUAGCAACAUACAAUUUACGCUAUGACUCGCAGCCGGAUGGGAUCACAGUGCAACAGUCUCUCGAUGCUAUUCCCGACCCACUUGUUCGGCCUCCGUUCUUGCAAAAGACCGGAGAACAGCCUUGGAGUCUUCGAAGAAUCAAGGUUGCCCAGCAGCUACUCAACGAAGACCUUACGCUCAUUGGAUUCCAGGAAGCGCUUGUCAGGCAAGUGAAGGACCUCGCCGACUUGCUCGGAGAUGACUGGGCGUGGGUAGGUGUAGGCCGCGACGACGGUCGAGCAGCUGGAGAAUUCUGUCCGAUCUUUUACAAAAAAUCAGCUCUACGAUUGAUCUCAUACAAUUCCUUCUGGCUUUCCGACAAUCCGUUCGAGCCCUCCAGAUACCCCGGUGCAGGCUCUCACAGAGUCUGCACAGUCGCGCACUUCGCCUCCGGUCCCAGAAAUUUCGGCGCAGAAACGAAUUUGACGCUAUUGAAUACUCACCUUGACGACAGGUCCGACGCUCAGCGUCGUGUUGGCGCUGCACUCCUUCUCACUCGCGCACGUUACGAAGCAUACAAGACAGGUGGCCCCGUAUUUAUCACGGGCGACUUCAACAGUGCAGCUACUGGGUACGAUUCGGGUGCAUACCAAAUCACCACUGGAGCAAUCCCGGCUCCGGCAAUUAACUCAUCCUUCGUGGAGAAAUACGCGGUGCCCGACACGUCUCUCCCAAACUUCGUUAUGCACGACCUGAAGGGGCAUACACCGAAGCUACGUGUCUCCGGUGACUUUGCUACUUUCACUGGAUUCAACAGACCCGGGGACAGCUCGGUCUUCACCCGGAUUGACUUUAUAUUCGGUGGGAGCAAUGGUGGCUGGACUGCGGAUGCCUACAAGGUCGGAUCGGCGCUCACAGACGAUGGAGUUAUAGCCAGUGACCAUCGUCCAGUCUACGCCGAUAUCUCAGUCUAG